AGUAGGGUAGCCGUUUGCGUGCUUAUUUUUACGUUUUGUUUAUUUGUGUCAAAACAAAUUAAAGGGACAAAUUAUGAGUUUGAUAGAGAGAACAUUUGAAGCGAUGGUGUUGUGAUAUUAGUUCUCGUGUAAUUUUAUUUGACUUUAUUGAAAUUAAAAAUGGGUCCAGAGGCAGUGUUUUGGACUGUUGUUUUGGGCUUGAUCUGCAUUGCGGAGGCGGGAACGAUUGGUGAUCAGUGCGACUGGACUGGCAGUGGAUUGACAUCGACCGCGGAGCGUGGUGUGACACCGGUUUACCUCCGUUGCCGGGAGGGCAGCGUGUCGUGGAUCUAUCCCCGGGGCGCACUCCGGCUACUCUUCAAGCCGCCGCUGCCGGCCGAUGAGCGCGACUUUACUGUUUGCGUCCGGGUCAUAAGACGGCCUGACCCGCCUGAUCUUUUCCAUACAUUGCGGCAAAAUAAGACAGACGUCGCAGAUCGCUUUCCAGCACGUAUCUUUGUGGAAGGUGUUCGAAGGCUGGUACCUCUGUACGCGCCCGACGAUGGUGAUGUCCGCGAGCUGCGGUGCUUCCACAGCCGACACGGACAAGCCGCGUUGUACGUCGAAGCCGAACCAGAGGAAGGAACUAAGAGACGAGUGGCAACGUUUAAAUAUGAGGCCAGGCCGCUUGUGAGGCGACACUACGACCCCGCCACAGCUGACUGCAGACCUUGCUCUGAAUCCGAAUUGGAGUUGGCAUUCUGCACAAGUGAUCUCGUGUCCCGUGGCGUGAUCGUCGGUAGCGAACAGCGGGAGGAGCUGGACGCUACCCAGCUCACGUGGCGCCUCACCAAGCUGUUGCGCGCCACCGCGUCCGCCGACAGCGCGAACAGCGCAGACAGCAUCGAUGACGCCGGAGACAUCGGCGACAUCGGCAAUAGUCUCGACGACGACCGCUACUACAGGUACGCGACGGACAGACGGCGGCGCCGCUCGCUGCUGGCGCACGUGCAGGUGUCGGCGGCGUGCGGCGCGGCGGCGGGCGCGGGCGAGUUCCUGCUGAUGGCGCGGCGGCGGCUCGGCCGGUACUCGCUCGUGUGCGCGCCGCGCCUGCACGACUGGCGCGCGCUGGUCGAGCGCCGCAACGCCGAGGGCACCGCGCACUGCUCGCUGCAGCACUGACCCUCGGCACGAGCCGCCGCCUCUGACUCGCGUGCUUCCUCACGCCGCUGAAUCGUGAUCGAGUGUGGAAAAUGUAAAUACGAAUGAGAGUAUUUGAUACGACUCAUCCAAUCAAAAUUGUAAAAAUAAAAUGUACAUAAAUAGUUGAAACGAAUUGAGCCUGCUGUGCCGCUGUCGUAGAGAAGUCGCCUACUAUUCUGGAAAGAUCGGAACAGUGUCAAUUUUGUUCAUUAUUGUCCGAACUCGUAUCGUAUGGAAAUGCCAUCAAUGCAACACAUGAUAAAACACUGUACAUAUUGUAUUUAGAAAUAAUUACUUUUUAAAAGAGAGUAAAGCUAAUUUAUAUAUAUAAAUAUAUUAUAUAGGUUUAUCAGAGCACAUCAUAAAAAAACGGCAGAUCAAAAAAACAAUAAACAAAUAUAUUUGAAUUCUUUACUGGAGAAGACGCAGAAAACAGAUAAAAUGUGUUUUGGUAACCCUAAAAUAAUAAAAUAUUUAUAUUAAUAUCUGCACAAUAUUUCAUAUAUAUAGUUUAAGGUUUUAAGUCUUUACUUGCCAUAAAGCUAUGUACACAAGAAACAUUGUAUAGUAUAGCAUUUAUUUUAUUAUUAUCGUAAAAGGUAUACCGCAAUACAUAUUUAUAAUUUAUAAGGAAAAUGUGGUCCAGAGUGCCAAAAUCUGUUAUAUUUAGAAUGUAAGGUUGAUCUCAACUGUGUACAUACGUUAAAGUUAGAUAUAAUGUUACAAAGAGAACUUUUAUCAUCUGUAUUAUAAUUACUUAUAAUGACAUAUGUCAAAAAUAAUAUUUUAUUUAAAAUAUAUUCAAUCAUUAGUCUUCCUGUAUUAAAUCUCUCAUAAUUAUAUUAAUUAAACAGCUGCAAAUACAUUGUAAUAUAAAAUAAUUACGUUAUUAAAAGUUAAUAUAUUGCGAAAUAUAUUACCGCUAAUGCGGAAAUAGAUUCCUGUUAGUGCUUCCAAGGAAGAAAAUUGUAUAAAAUAUAUUCUUAUAUACAUUUACUUAUUGUAUUUAAAUAUAGAAGAAUUAUUAACAGAUAAUAUAUAGUUAUGUACAAAUAUUGUCAACAAUAUAUAAAUUUAUUUGAUAGGUGUCGAUAUGUGAUAUAGUUUUAUGACGGAAUAUGGUGUGCCUCAAGUGUACAUGAGUGUGAAAUGUGUAUUAUGAAAGUAUAUGUUGUAAAGGUUGAUAUUAAACGCUGUUGAAUGAAAUAAAAUAGUAAUAAAAUAA